CCCCUUCCGCUUGGGCUUGCUGGGAAAUGACCUCAGAAGAAACCCUCCGGGGUUUGCAGGCCAUGGAAAGAAUCCGUCUUGCGGGAGUCGCUCCCGGACGCCGGAGAGGUUGAAAAUUCGUCACUCUCUGCUGCUUUCCUGACCUCACACCACUGAAGCAGAGCAAGAGAUGGGAGACACGGGCAAAGAUGACUAUAAAAUACACUCAUUUGAUCUCGAGAUUCAGCAGCUACUGAAAACAGCCCUCAAAGACCCCAGCAGCGUGGACCUGGAGAAAGUGGCCAAUGUAAUUGUGGACCAGUCCCUCAAAGACUGUGUAUUCAGCAAAGAAGCCGGGCGUAUUUGCUACACCAUCAUUCAGGCGGAAAACAAGAAAGUUGGCCAGAGUGUCUUCCGGCGAAGUCUUCUCAACCGACUUCAGCAGGAAUACAAAGACCGUGAUGAACUGCGAGCUCGUUCUCGCCAAGCCUGGAUCUGCUACGUCACCUUUAUCUGUAACAUCUUUGAUUACUUGAGGGUCAACAACAUGCCCAUGAUGGCGUUGGUGAACCCGGUUUAUGAUUGCUUGUUCCGACUGGCCCAGCCUGACAGCUUGCAGAAGGAGGAAGAGGUGGACUGCCUGGUGCUGCAGCUGCACCGUAUCGGGGAGCAGCUUGAGAAGAUGAACUCCCAGAGGAUGGAUGAGCUCUUUUCCCUCCUAAGGGACGGCUUCCUGCUGCAGGAGGGACUCAGCUCCCUUUCCCAGUUGCUACUGCUGGAGAUUGUUGAGUUCCGGGCAGCCGACUGGAAGAUGACGGAAGCAGCCCAGAAAUACUAUUACAGCGAGGUCACAGAUUGAGUGGAUAGUUGCUGUCGCCUGCCCAGAGGCAAGGGUUGGAUUUCGACUGCUUUUCACCAGCAAACUUCAAACCAAACAAAAACUGUGACUAUUUUUAACUUUUCUUCCCCUAUCACUUUUUGUACGUAGAAUGUAUAACACAUUCGCUUAAUAGUCCUUUUAUUCUAGGGAACUGGCGGCUGAAACUGGGGGAGGAGGGCAGCCUGAUUUAGGAGAAAAUAUUAUUUUAGAACUGCUGUUUGCACAGCAUUGCACUAAAUAGAGACCUGUACUGAUCAGUCA